AUGGGCAUAUCCACAAUCGCGGUGGAUUUACUAAACACACACAGAACAAAAUCAAACAAAAAAAAAAUAGCACGCGAUGAAAACUCCACACGUCAAAUCCAAUACACCACGAAUAGAUCACAACACACACACACACACACACACAGACAACCGACCACGAUGAGUCCCGAAGGGGAAGAGCUGCAUGCAGAAGAUAAUUUGUAUUUCCACAAUACACAAAUGCAGAGCAUACACGAGGAGACACUAGCAGAAGAAUCACACGCACAGUCCAUUCAAAGAUCAAUAUCGCGUCUAAGUAGUUUCAAACAUGAAGACACCGACUCAGAAUCACCUAUCCCCGUACAGAAGGUAAUACGACAUAUCAAGAAGACAAAUACAAAUACGAACACCACAAAGACGAAAAAGAGAAAGCUCAAAGUGUCUAAACCACGCAAGAAUAUGUCCCUGAGUGAAUCGGUGCGACAGAUGUAUGGAUCACGAAAGAAUGGAGAACAACAGGGUAGUAUUGAUGGGUUUUUGAUGAGCCGAUUUGGCGAUGUGGACGGUUGCAAUGAGAGUGAUCGAAGUUCUAAAUUGAUAAGUCAGGGAGAAUGGGAAUCAUUGAGCAAGUUCCACGAGGAGUCGAACGAGAAGGAUAAAUUGUUGAGGAAGAAGAUACAACGGUAUUACAGUGAACCGCAAGAGGAACUAGGAGAAGGGUGUGGGAUGUUGUCACAAGCAUCGGCGGAUCCGGAGACCAAGAUGACCAAAGAGGAGCUCGAGAGUUUGUAUGAUCUCGAUUCAAGCACGGUGUUUAAUCAGACCACUAUUAGUGCUAUUGGGGAUAUGCUGGAGCCAACACAAGUGUCUGAACCGUGUGUGGUUAUUCUAUCACAGACAAAGGUUCAGUCAGAAGCACUGACACAGGAGGAUGGUGCUGAUGCGUCGGUACAGGAGAUUAAAUCAUCUGUUCCAACACAAGAGCUAUUCAGUACUCCAGAGUUUGUUCCCGCACCACUCGAACAGCCAGUGAACAAGGAGGUGUGUUCGGAUCAGCUGAUAGUUGUGCUUGAAGAGAAUGUGCAAUCCACACAAGCAGACGACAGUGAUAUUGUUGAACUCAUCCUGGACUCUGAUCCUGAACCAGAGGAAGUGAGUACAAAAGUACAAGUAUUGCGAUCGAUCUAUGAUUCUUCUGGACCAGUAAACGACAAACAGCCAUCAGUUGCUAGUGAGACAGUUGAGAGUGACUCGACUCCUAUUGUAUCACCUGUCAAGACACCACAAGGGACAAGGAUGCAUGUUGUGCAAGUCGCAAGUAGUAAUCCACUGAGUCCAAUCAAGAUUGUCGAAGAAAACACAGAGCAACAAGAGGAAGUGUUUACUGAUGUGGAGUCUAUAUAUUCCACGGCCAGGACUUCAUUUGGCACACCAAAACACACGUCGCCGGUUAUCUUGCUAGAACUGAGUGAUACCGAUUGUGAUGAUAAUGAUAACGACGUGGAGCCAUUAUCGUCCAUGCCGAUGGUGAAAACUGUGCCUAAGAAGCGAAUGAGAACAACGGUGUUGCAGGUGUCGGCUGCAUUGAAAGUACAGAACUAUACUGAUGAGAAAAACAACAUCAAGCUACGCAAGAUCGGAGACGACAUUCCAGUGGAAGUGCCAACCAAGGACGUUGAGUACGAAGAGAUACCUGAUUCGCAGGAGCUGGUAGGUGGUGAAGGAGACAAUAGUGUGAGUAUCAUUGAGAUCACGAGAGAGGUGCACAAUAACGAUUACACUGGUGAUGAAAGCACUGAUUUGUUUCAAGUUGGGCUCAACAAGCAGGAUACGUGCGAAGACACAUCCAGUCCUGUGGUCCAGAUAGGUGGUGUCGAAAAUGAUAUACUUGAUUCAUCCUUGAUUGAGCCUGUACCUGAACCUGAAUCUGUACCUGUACCUGAAGAGGUGCAAGAACAACCACAGCCAACUGCAAUAGACAAACACACUGCUACGCAGCUUCGAGAAAAGUUCCAAUUAUGGGGAUUGAAACCGGUUAGAGGUAAAGAGAAAAUGGUGGAGAUUUUACAAGGGAUAUCCAAUUUCAUUCUACCUGAGCAUGAACUUCUUGCUGUGGCUGACAAACAAGAAUUGCAAUCGUGUAUAUUUAUGAAACUAGACGCGGUCAUCCGGGAGGGUCGAGCCAUGUACGAUAGAAUACUUUCGUUUGAGCCGAUUCGGAUUGAGGAGCUCCAGAUGAUGUUGCAAUCACAAGACUAUUAUUUAGAACUAGAUGUACUUCGUUUAUACUGUGACUCGUCUGGUAUCACGACAACCAAUGCAUGA